UCGCUUAUCCAGGAUUGUCUCGCGAAGCAGAGUAAUGCAGUUAACAAAACCACUCAUCGUCACCCCUUCCAAAUCGAAACAAAUGCUGUCCACGGCGACUCUACAGGCGUCCAAACACACACCAACACAGCAAGACAGCCCGCCAUGGCAGAAGCCAAAGUAACCUGGGCCUCCCUCCCGCGAAAAGACCAACUGGUCAUCCUCUUCCUCGUCCGCUUCUGCGAGCCCAUUGUCAAGGUCUCCAUCUCAUCCUAUGUCUACUUCCAGCUGCAGUCGCUGGACCCUUCCCUCCCCAGCGCCACCAUCGUCCAGCAGACCACGCUGCUGCAGGCCGCGUACACCGUCGCGCAAUCCCUCGCGAGCGUUUUCCUGGGGAGCGUCGCGGAUUCGCCGAGGGGCGGGAGGAAGGUCGUAAUUGUGUUGAGCUUGUUGGGGUCUUUUGUCGCGUGCUCGCUGUUCGGCUUCGUCGCCAACUUCAAACAGGCCCUCGUGCUGCGCUUUGUCGAGGGUCUGACGAAUGGUAAUGUUGCCAUGGUGCGGACGAUGACGUCCGAGGUUGUGCAAGAGAAAAAAUUCCAAGCAAGAGCCUUUGUCCUCCUCAAUAUCAGCACCAGCUUCGCCAUCAUCCUCAGCGCCCUCGUCGCAGCCGGCACGGUCGAGCUGACGCCCAAGGGCCACGGCAGCGGGUUGCUGGCCCGGUAUCCCUAUGCCCUGCCCGCCCUUCUCAACGCCAGCUUCUUGCUGGUGGUGUUGGUGACGACUGUGUUAUUCCUUGAAGAGACCUCCAAACUCGUCCGCCAUAGAUACGACCCGGGCAUUGCUCUAUCACGCUACCUCGUCUCCCGCUUCCAAUCGCUCCGCAACGGCACCAGCAAGGAAGCACUGUACGCCCCCGUCAAUGCGACCGAGGAAAUGGCCUUCCUCGACGAGCAGGAGCCGGAAGCAGCGUCACCGCCGCCAAAACCCAUCAAACCCGUCGUCUGCCUCCCCACCACCCGCAUCUUCACCAAGAACAUGGUGCUGGUCCUCCUCGCGGCCUUCAUCUACGAAGCGCACCUCGCCACCGCGAGUGUCGCCUUCCCGAAUCUCCUCGUGACGCCCGUCUCCAGCAGGGAGGAGGAGGCGCAGCGGGUGCUCCCGUUCUUCUUUGGCGGAGGGGUUGGCUUCACGCCGUUGCCCUUGGCUGUGUACUCGGUCAUGUACGGCAUCUUCUCCAUCCCCCUCCAGCUGAUCCUCUACCCACGCCUAUCCCAACGCCUCGGGCCCUUGCACGUCUGGCGCAUCUUCUACCUCGCCUUCCCGCUCCUCUACUACGCGUACCCCUUUGUCGCCCUGGUCCCCUCCAGCAGCCCUCCGCCGUCCGGCAAAACCGGCCUGGCCAUCUGGGCCGUGAUAACGCCCAUGCAGGUGCUGACCGCGCUGCUGACCAGCACCGUGACUCCGUCCCAAACCGUCCUGAUCAACGCAGCGUGCCCGCACCCGUCCGCACUCGCCAGGACGCACAGCAUCGCGUAUUUCUCCUCCAUGGUGACGCGGGCGGGGAGCACGGCGCUGGCGGGCGCGUUGUUGGGUCCCCAGUCCCCAUCAACCACACACCGACAAACACAUCCCAAAAUGGCCCGUUUCACCUCCAAAAUCAUCCUCGUAACCUCCUGCGCAUCCGGCAGCGGCGCCGCCAUCGUCCGGCGCCUGGCCUCAGAAGGCGCGACCGUCAUCGCCGCAGACAAGUCCGGCCACGAAGAGCUAGCCGCCGAGCUCGGCGCCAGCGUCAUCCCACGCCACCUCGACGCGGCCUCCGAAGACAGCAUCCGCGACCUGGAAACCUACAUCCGCACCACGCACGGCCGGCUGGACAUCCUGGUCAACAACACGGGCAUGGGCGGGCCGCGCUGCCCCAUCUUGGACGUGCAGGCCGCCGACGCCGAGGAAGUCUUCCGGUACAACAUCCACGGCGCCUUUCUGAUCCUGCAGCUCGCGCUACGCUUCAUGACGGAGCAGCAGCAGCCCACGGGAGGUUCCAUCGUCCUCACGGCAUCCAUAGCAGGGCUGAUUGGUACGCCGCACUCGGCCCCCUACGCCAUCUCCAAGGGCGCGGUGAUCGCCAUGACCAAGACCGCGGCCGUGGAGUACGCCAAGCACGGGAUACGGGUCAACGCGGUCGCCCCGGGCCCGACGGUCGUGCCGAUGGUGGAAGCGCUGGGCGCGGCUGCGACUGCCGGAUUUAGAGCGAGGAUUCCGCAGGCGAGGCUAGCGGAGCCGAGGGAGGUCGCGGGGGUGGUUGCGUUCCUGGCGGAUGGGGACGAUGCGGGGCAUGUCACUGGGCAGGUUUUGUGUGUUGACGGGGGGUGGACGGCGGCGUAG